CCACACACACACUCCCCACUCACCUGUUCCGCUCCCCCGCCCCCCUCUCUUUCGACCUUAGUGCGACCGCGACCGCUCCCGUUCCGUUUGGUCGUUUUUUUUUUCUCGUUGCGAUUCAGUUGCCGUUUUUACUCCGCCGCGCGAGAAGCGGAAACUUUUGUGGUCCGCGUUGGAAAUUCGAACAUAAAAAACUGCAUUGCUGCAACCCGAACGUUUCGUAUUUCGUUUGGCGCCAAAUUUCGAAUCGCAAAUCCGCUGGCGGAUUGAAUUGAAGCAAAGUUUUUUACUUCCCGCCUAUUUCCCCCCCGUUUCCCCCCCGGGCAUUUGCACACCCCCCGCGCUGCGACUCCCAUGGCAGCUAGCAAAUUCCAUUGCGGCAAGCAAACGAUAGCCACACAUUCACAUUUCGAUGCGACAUGUGCGAAAAUCAGCGCCUUUUACUUUGACCUGGACAACACGUUGAUUCCGACGCGGACCGGCGAUUCCAAGGCGAUCAGAAAGCUUGCCGACGUUUUGGAGAGUCAGUACCAGUUCAAUAAGGAUGACGCCGCCCAGUGCACCCAGAACUUCCUGAAGGCCUUCCGGCGCUGUCCGGACAACACGCAAACGUCGCUGGACUCGUGGCGCACCCACCUGUGGCGCGAAUCCCUGCCGGCGCGCCACAAGCACCUGGCGGAGCAGAUCUAUCCGCAGUGGCUGAAAUUGCGGUAUCGCUACCUGGCAGUUCCGGCGGACUAUGUCCAGCUGCUGCUGCGGAUGCGCCAGGCGGGCUAUGCCCUGGCCCUCAUCACCAACGGGCCAUCGAAUGCCCAGUGGGAGAAGGUGGCCAAGCUGCAUGUGCGCGGCUACUUCGACUGCGUCCUGGUCUCCUCGGAUCUGCCGUGGGAGAAGCCGCAUCCGGAGAUCUUCUAUGCCGCCUGCAAUUUCCUGAAUGUCAAGCCGCAGGAGUGCGCGAUGAUCGGUGACAAACUGGAGACCGAUAUUAUGGGCGGUCACUUGGCCCAGCUGGGUCUCACCUUCUGGACGCCGCUGAGCAACAGCAGCUCGGCCUCACAAUCGCUGGAGGAUGUGGAGUACAAGCCGCACGUAAAGUUGGCCAAUCUGCUCGAGAUGUACAAGUACUUUCCGCGUCUCAAUGCCGUCGCACCGCCUGAUACGCCGUCGACCUCCAGGCGACGUGGCAGCCACAUGAGUUCCAGCAGCGGCCAGAGCUCCACCAGCGGGAGCAGCUCAAGCUCGAGCUGCGAGCCGGGAUACCAUCACCAUCUCCACCAGCAGCAGCAGCAGCAGAGGCAGUGGCUCUAUCGACGCGGCGUUUCACUGCCCGCCAUGGAUUGCUCGAAUAGCGAGGCGGAGAAUAGCUGCGAUAGCUUCCUCUAAACGGAGGGCAGGAGGAUCGGAUUUAAGGGAUCGCAAGGAUCGCAAGGAGAUUGUUGAAAAAUGUACCUUCAGUUUACAAAACUAUAGCUAAAGAGGAAGUAAUAAUCACAGAUGGACGAGGAAGGACAGCCAGGAGAAUUGGAAACGAAUGCAGGAAUUUAAAGUUCAACUAUUAGCGGGAGGAGCCCGGAACCACGGUGAAUCUCGAUAUCUGCCAUUAGACUAAAAUUAAGGCUAGCAACACAGCAUCGGAGCACACAGAACUACAGCAUACAAGUGCUAUAAACUACAAACUACAAAUUACAAAUUACAAAGGGAAUAAUUAAGAAAAUCGAGGACAGGAAGCAAUGCCAACCAAUAUAAUAAUAUUUUUCUAAGCGAAUUUUCUGUCACAUAUUUUGUAAAUUGAUAUAACACGCAACUUAAAGUACGUCAAGGUAAAUGCAAAACUCAAAAUGCUAAAAAAAAGUGAAAACCAGACAAAAACCACAACACAAAUCUUUUGAGACACUGACAAAACAAAAAAAAAUGAACAAAAAUAAGAAAAACUAACAAAUCUGUAGUUAUAGCGAUGGAUGUACGUGAAUGUUAACUAUUGUCUUAGUCGUAGCCUUUAGUCGGGUACAACACUCUGUUGGCAAAUUGUUAUUUGCAACCACCCCCUCCUCCCCCUUUACCCAUGACCCCCCCCCCCACCCCGCCCACGAACCCCAGGUUACUCCGCACCCACGCGAAAAGCAUCGUUGAUGAUAUAUACGGCACAUAUGGUAUGCCAGCAUGCGUAUGUCGAAGCACUGUUGAUCAUGGAUAUGGAAAAUAAAUGACACUGCAAAAGCUAAA